CUCGCGGAAGCGGUCCUUCCUCUGCGGCCGGCCGGGGUCUCGGGGCGCCCCGCGGGCGGGCAGGCCGAGCCGGUCCGCAGCCCGGCGCCGGGAUGGUGCAGCUGUACAACCUGCACCCGUUCGGGUCGCAGCAGGUGGUGCCCUGCAAGCUGGAGCCCGAGCGGUUCUGCGGCGGGGGGCGUGACGCGCUGUUCGUGGCGGCUGGCUGCAAGGUGGAGGCGUUCGCGGUGGCCGGCCAGGAGCUGUGCCAGCCGAGGUGCGCCUUCUCCACGCUGGGUCGAGUGCUGCGACUGGCCUACAGCGAGGCGGGAGACUAUUUGGUAGCAAUUGAAGAGAAGAACAAAGCCACGUUUCUACGUGCUUAUGUGAACUGGAGAAGUAAAAGGACUGAAAACUCUCGUGUGUGUAUCCGAAUGGUUGGGCAUAAGGUGGAGGCACCCUUCAGUGAAACCUUGAGAGACCAGAUGUUUAUUAUUGAAAUGCCACUUUCUGAGCCCCCCUUAUGCAUUUCCUGUUGCCCUGUGAAAGGAGACCUUCUUGUUGGCUGCACAAAUAAGUUAGUCUUAUUUAGUUUGAAGUAUCAGAUCAUUAAUGAGGAAUUCUCAGUAUUGGACUUUGAACGUUCUUUAAUUAUACACAUAGAUAAUAUCACUCCUGUUGAAAUUUCUUUUUGUGUUGGAUAUUUCGCUGUCAUGUCGGAAUUAGAAGUCUUAAUCCUAAAACUGGAGUUGGACCCUAAAAAUGGAGAGAGAGUUAAUCACCAUCCACAUAAGACGAACAAUCCAAUGAAACAGACAGAAGAUGGCAUCAGUAAUGAAACUUCACAGUUUGAGUCAGAUGACUUUGUUAUUUGCCAAAAGCCCAUGGAACUUCUUGGAGAAAAAAGUGAACAGUCUGGAGUAUCUGUUACACUGGAGUCUACAGGAUUAGCUGAUGAAAAAACAAAAUAUUUCCACAUUCAGCAUCUGCUCUAUAGACGUUUUACUCCUGAUAUUUCAUCCUAUGUCUCACCUGACGACAUCAGGUUGCAUUCCCUUCAGCUGCUACCCAUUUACAAAACUGGUUUUCUUACUUCUGAUGGAAAAAAUUUGUCUCAGGAAAAAGAGUUGCUGAGUCUCUUUUGUUUUUUCUCAUUACCACACGUGGGCUAUCUCUACAUGGUUGUCAAAUCUGUUGAAUUAAUGUCAGUCUACCAAUAUCCUGAGAAGUCUCAGCAGGCAGUGCUCACACCACAAUUUUUGCACGUCAUCACAAGUAACAACCUGCAGUGUUUCACAGUGCGGUGCAGCGCAGCGGCAGCCCGUGAGGAGGACCCGUACAUGGACAACACCCUGAAGGCUUGCCCACAAGUCAGUAUGGAUGUCUGUGCUUUAAGAAUACAGCUUUUCAUAGGCUUGAAAGCUAUCUGUCACUUUAAAAACCACAUUAUACUCUUGACCAAGGCAGACCCCGAGGCCAUUCCAGAGAGAAGAGAGUCACCCAAGAGGCUUCUUUCUAAAAAAGAUACCAGUGUUAAGAUCAAAAUACCUCCUGUAGCUGAGGCUGGGUGGAAUUUGUAUAUUGUGAAUACGACCUCACCAAUGCAACUGUACAAAGAAAUGGUAGAUUAUAGUAAUACCUACAAGACUGUAAAAACCCAGAGCUGCAUCCACCUUCUCAGCGAGGCUCAUCUGUUGGUGAGAGCUGCCCUGAUGGAUGCCAGUCAGCUGGAACCUGGGGAGAAAACAGAGCUUUUAGAAGCAUUUAAAGAAAGUUGUGGGCACCUUGGAGACUGUUACAGCAGGCUUGACACCCAGCAUUCCCACCUUGCUUUGCCUUACUAUAAGAUGUCUGGUUUGUCUAUGGCUGAAGUUUUGGCACGUGUGGACUGGACUGUAGAGGAUGGAUCACAGAAAUAUGAGAAGGGAUUAAUCUUCUAUAUCAAUCAUUCACUUUAUGAAGACCUGGAUGAAGAAUUAAGUGAAGAAUUAGCAGCAAAAGUGGUUCAGAUGUUUCAUGUGGCUGAGCCGAAGCAACUGCCCCAUAUUCUCUGUAGUCCUUCUAUGAAGAAUGUUAAUCCUUUAACUGCCAUGAGCUAUUUAAGGAAGCUGGAUAGUUCUGGGUUUUCAUCGAUUUUAGUGACGUUGACCAAGGCAACAGUGGCUCUUAAAAUGGGAGAUCUUGACAUGUACAGAAAUGAAAUGAAAAGCCAUCCAGAGAUGAAGUUGGUAUGUGGCUUCAUUCUGGAACCUCGGCUAUUGAUUCAACGGAGGAAGGGACAGAUUGUUCCCACUGAGCUUGCAGUUUACUUGAAGGAGACUCAACCUGGCUUGCUUGUGGCUUCAGUCCUGGGCUUGCAGAAGAACAACAAAAUUGGAAUUGAAGAAGCAGAUUCCUUCUUUAAGGUGCUCUGUGGUAAGGAUGAAGAUGUGAUUCCUCAGCUCUUGGUAGACUUUUGGGAAGCUCAGCUAGUGGCAUGUCUCCCAGAUGUGGUAAUUGAGGAGCUCUUUUUCAAGCUCACAUCCCAGUACAUCUGGAGGUUAUCUAAGAGGCAGCCUCCUGAUACCACACCAUUGCGAACGUCAGAGGAUCUGAUAAACUCCUGUAGUCAUUAUGGCUUAAUUUACCCAUGGGUUCAUGUCUUAAUAUCGUCUGAUUCCUCAGCUGAUAAAAACUACACAGAAGACCUUUCAAAAUUACAGUCUCUUGUAUGUGGUCCUUCAUUUGACAUAGCUUGCAUUAUUCCAUUCUUGGAGCCACUCUCAGAAGACACUAUUGCUGGCCUCAGUGUUCAUGUUCUGUGUCAUACGCGCUUGAAAGAGUAUGAACAGUGCAUAGACACACUGUUAGAGAGAUGCCCAGAGGCAGUCAUUCCAUACGCUAAUCAUGAACUGAAAGAAGAGAACCGGACUCUGUGGUGGAAAAAACUGCUGCCUGAACUUUGUCAGAGAAUAAAAUGUGGUGGAGAGAAAUACCAACUUUACCUGCCAUCAUUAAAAGAAACAUUGUCAAUUGUUGCCAUGGAACUAGAACUGAGGGAUUUCUUGAAUGUUCUCCCAGGAGAUGGCACUGCAGCAUUUUUCUUGCCAUAUCUUCUUUACUGCAGCCGAAAGAAAUCAGUGACUUGAAGGUAUCAUUUAAAAAACAUCACAGUAGCAUAUGGGACUGAAUUUUAAAAACUGGAAUGCCAGUAAAAGUAAAGGAGUUUUUAUAUUAUGUGUAUAUCAAAUGAUAUGUUUUCGUAGGAUAUAUACAUAUUAAAUGCUUUCAGGCUGCUUACCAUGUUGUGGUAACUAUUAGUUUCUUAAUUUAUGACCUGAAUCCAUUUAAUUGUCCAGAAUAUAAAAAAUCUUCAAGAUAUAAGACAGCAUCAGUUCACUGUUGCAGACAUGACAAUCUUCAUCAUCCCAGGAGCACUUUAAGGAAACAUUUUACAAGUAUGCUUGAAAGAACGUCAUUCUGAAAGUGGUUCAGAAUUUUUCUUGAUAUUUCCAGAUUUCUCUAUUGGGUCACUUUUAAAAAAAAAAUUGCCUUUGAAAGAGAGGUUAAUGUUUUGCCACAGUGAAAGAUUUCAAACUUUAAUUUCUUUUUAAUUUAAAAAUUUAUGCUGUGUUUCUCUUUGAAUCAAAUGGAGUUAGAAGUUUGCAAAACUAACUUUCUUCUUGUCUGGCUAUUAUCACAAUUUGUUGAAUGCAUGUUUUUUCAGCCAAAG